AUGGCCCACCAACGCUCCCACUCAACGAGCGAGGGCCUCAAGGGCCCGCACGCAGUCAGUCUCAAAGUUUUGCGCCUCUCUCGGCCCUCGCUAGCCCACAGCUUCCCGCUCCCGCAGCUCACCGAGCCCGAUGAAUUCACAAUACCAUCCAAUGCCUCUCUUGCCUACCCCACCGCCGAACCUAAGGACGCGUUCAUGGUGUCACCGCUCUUGAAGCUACCCGAGGCGUUCGGGAGCGCAUACGUUGGCGAAGCUUUUUCAUGCACACUCUGCGCGAACAACGAACUGUUGCCCGGUGACGAGAGCAGGACGGUCAGCGCUGUGAAGAUCGCUGCCGAGAUGCAGACGCCUUCUGCCCCUAGCGGUAUUCCGCUAGAGCUAGAUCCGCAAGAUGAGAGCGAUGCAGAACAAAGUCAAGGCAUCGUCGGCGCAGGCCAGUCGGUGCAGAAGAUCCUCACUUUCGACCUGAAAGAAGAAGGUUCCCACACCCUGGCCGUCACCGUAACAUAUACCGAGACCCAGCUGGCCGGAGAUGGCCAGGCGGCUGGUGGCCGGGUCCGAACGUUUCGCAAGCUUUACCAAUUCGUGGCUCAGCAGCUUAUCAGCGUAAAGACAAAGACCAGCGAGCUCGCCUCUAAAGGCGGGCUGGGCAAGUUUGUGCUGGAGGCGCAACUGGAGAAUCUUGGCGAGGGAAGCUUGAGCCUUGAGCCGGUCAUCGUCAACGCCGAGCCACCGUUCAAGGCCAGUUCUAUGAAUAUGCCACUCAACGCCUCUCCGGAAGAGCCGCCUCAUCUUCCUGUCCUCGGUCCUGGGGAUGUCUCACAGGUCGCCUUCAUCCUUGAGCAGCAGGAAAGCGUGGCGGAGGAGGAUGUAGCACCGGCAGCAAAAGCAUCGUCGCGACGCAUGCUUGUCCGCAACCUUUGGGUACAAUGGCGAAGCCCGUUGGGCGGCCGAGGGUCGCUGAAAAUCGGACCUCUCUUCACGCGCUCACGUUGA